GCCGCGAGUGGAAGGAACCCCAAGAGAGACCCGCAAAGAGAAGUCCGCCCGAGUGCGGGUCCGUCUGGACGAGAUAUACGCAAGACAGGCUGAGAUGGAGGCGGCGGGGAUAGAGCCGACACCGCCGGUCGAGCCCAAGACGAGUGAGCAGAGGAUCGACGAGUUGUGGGCUAGGUAUGAGAGCCAGAGGGAUGCAGCCCGCCAGAGGUCACGAGAGGCAGGACGGGCGGAUGCGGAGACGAGUGAGCUGAGAGAGAUGGGGGAAUUGGGGUUCUCCGCGACCAGGCAGGCGAUUGAGCGCAUGGAUCGGAGGGUAUGCGAGACGGCAGUCACAUCUUUCCAGUGGUAUAAUCUACUCAGCAAUGAGCUCAGGAUUAAUGAGUUGGAGGUAGAGCACCUAACUACCCAACUUGUCGAGGAGAGGGCGAGGACCCAGGCUAAAGAGGUUGAGUGGGAGAGGAGAUUUGGGGAGAUGGUGGCCGCUGUGGAUAGGCUCUCGGCAGCGUGUGAGGCUAGCCAGGUGGGGCGAGCCGGUGCCGAUGGCCAGGGCCGGGGGAUGCGCGCCUCGCCGAGCCAAGGAGCAACAGUGGAGGUCCCCCGACAGAGUGAGCCGAUAGAGGAGGUGCCCUUGGACGCAGUUGAGGAGGAAGGUGGUGUGCAGGCGUCGCUUAUGGCUAUGUCCACGGAGAGGAGAGGUUCGCGCUUGCAUGAGCUGGCGGCAGCCAUGGGGAUAGGCAUUCCACAGGAGAGGCCUCAGAGGCUCGACACUCUAGAGGAUGCUCCGAGAUUAGGAGAGUUGAGGACGGAGCUGGGCUCCUGGGCCACGGAGACGGACUUCGGGGAGCCUGACUCGCGGCGGCAACAGCAGUAGGAGGUCAUGAGUGAGCCCACCGCUAUGGGCGGCCCUCAGACGUCAGGGGUAUGAAGGGAUGAGGCGGUGAUGACAGAG